ACUUAAGGCUGAGAGUAUUUUCAAGGGGAUUAUCAGCAAAACAUAUAGUACUUUAGACUAGGUACAUACAUUGCAUUCGUUCUCAAUAUGGUUGUCUAUUCCUUUUACAUAUUCGAUAGGCACAGUAAGUCAUUACACAUCUUCAGAUUUCCAAUCAAACAUUGACCACAUGCCCCAGCCGAAUGCAUCUAUUCCAAACUCUGGCACCGCAAUAAUGAGCGACCCAUCUCGACCACCACCGCAACCGCGCGACCCAUCUCCGGCUCCAGCAACUCCAGCGCCGUACCUCCCAUCAGUGCGCCAGAACUUGCUGCCCCGAAGAGUCGCCCAGGGAAGUUGAGUGCGCAAGAUGAUGCGAAAUUGAUAUUUGGAACUAUAUUCUCGCUGCGGAACAUGGUGAGGAAGUUGGGAGGACCCGAUGAUAGCUUCAUAGCCUUUCGAACUGGACAGUACAAGUUACAUUAUUACGAGACACCAACGAAUAUCAAGUUCGUGAUGCUUACGGACACGCAAACUCCUACUAUGAGGCAGGUGCUACAUCAGAUUUAUGUCAAUCUGUAUGUGGAAUUUGGUAUGGCUGCUCCCCAAUGAUAUCCUUGCGUAUGUACUGAUGGUCUGCAGUUGUCAAGAAUCCUUUAUCCCCUGUCGAACACCCUGGAGGGGAAGGUGUUGCGAACGAGCUCUUCGAGCUGGCGCUCGAUCAAUUCGUCAAAGGCGUUCUUUGAAGUCCAAUACCCGUUAGAGCCUGAUGAUUUACACACGGUAGAUUCUAUUUCGUUUAUAAGUUAAUAUGAACGGUAAUGCAACAAGACAUAGUAGCAGGCAGAGGCGUUCGGGGACAUUGGAGUCGAGGUUAAAGGGGACACUCAUAGAACCGGGAGUUGGCAAACGACCCCGUAUGAAAUCACGAAUACAUCCAGUUUUAGGGAAACCAAAUCUCAGUAUGGAUGUUGUACAAAUUAGUGUGGCAGUUUAUUGGUCUUCUACACUAGAAUGUCCGGCAUUUCGGACCACGAUCAUGGCAUACAUGUCAAACGGAAGCCAAGUUAGACAGUGCAGAUGAUAUGCCUCAUGGGUAAACUAAAAGGAUGAUAAAAUUAUGCCAUUAUUUUGGUAUCUUUUACAUA